CUGCUCUGAACUGUAAAUAGAACGGCUUCUAUCACGUGACUGGCACCUGCCAAUCAGCGCUCGCGCGCGCGCGUGUGUAUUCAUGUCCAGUCCUCACAGCGCGCUCACAGAUCCUGUCACGCAUUAUAAUGCCGCAUAAGUCAAAGAAAGACAAGUGUGUGAAAUCCAGCAGAAAGGGAAGUAAACAGCAUGAAGAUGAUCAGGAUGAGGUAAAUGAGCAGGGUCUGAAUAAGAAGAUCAGUCCCAGAACGCAGCCGCUGCGCAGCAAACAUCCGUCCGGUCCGAGUGCGCUGAAGAAACACCGCAGACUGAGCGCCUCGUGCUUCCCCAUCAGUGUCAACAGAGAGCUGGAGCCGCUGGACGCUCUCACAGAUGUGGCUCCGGCCGAGCAGGAGAAGCUCUUCGUCCAGAAGCUGCGUCAGUGCUGCGUUCUCUUUGAUUUCCUGUCCGACCCCCUCAGUGACCUGAAAUGGAAGGAGGUGAAGCGGGCGGCGCUCAGCGAGAUGGUGGAGUUCAUCACCCACAACCGCGGCGUCAUCACCGAGCCCAUUUACCCAGAGGUGGUGCACAUGUUUGCUGUCAACAUGUUCAGGACUCUGCCGCCUUCGUCCAACCCGACAGGAGCAGAGUUUGACCCCGAGGAGGACGAACCCACUCUUGAAGCGGCGUGGCCUCAUCUACAGCUGGUGUACGAGUUUUUCCUGCGGUUUUUAGAGUCGCCAGAUUUUCAGCCCAAUGUUGCGAAGAAGUACAUUGACCAGAAAUUUGUGAUGCAGCUUCUAGAGUUGUUUGACAGUGAAGAUCCUCGAGAAAGGGACUUCCUGAAAACCACCCUGCACCGAAUAUAUGGAAAGUUUCUCGGGCUGCGGGCUUAUAUCAGAAAGCAGAUUAAUAACAUAUUUUACAGGUUUAUUUAUGAGACGGAGCAUCACAAUGGAAUAGCUGAACUACUGGAGAUCCUGGGAAGCAUCAUCAAUGGAUUUGCUUUACCCUUAAAAGAAGAGCACAAGAUUUUCCUGCUGAAGGUGUUGCUGCCGCUGCACAAGGUGAAGUCUCUGAGCGUCUAUCACCCGCAGUUGGCGUAUUGUGUGGUUCAGUUCCUGGAGAAGGACAGCACUCUCACGGAGCCGGUGGUCAUGGCUCUUCUCAAGUACUGGCCCAAGACUCACAGUCCAAAGGAGGUGAUGUUCCUCAACGAGCUGGAGGAGAUCCUGGACGUGAUCGAGCCGUCAGAGUUCGUAAAGGUCAUGGAGCCGCUCUUCCGUCAGUUAGCCAAGUGUGUGUCCAGUCCUCACUUUCAGGUGGCGGAGAGAGCUCUGUAUUACUGGAACAACGAGUACAUCAUGAGUCUCAUUAGUGACAACGCAGCCAGGAUUUUACCCAUCAUGUUCCCGGCGCUUUACCGCAACUCCAAGAGCCACUGGAACAAGACCAUUCACGGUUUGAUCUAUAACGCACUGAAGCUCUUCAUGGAGAUGAACCAGAAGCUGUUUGACGACUGCACACAACAGUUCAGAGCCGAGAAGAACAAAGAGAAAGCCAAGCUGAAAGAACGAGAGGAGGCUUGGAUGAAGAUCGAGAAUCUGGCCAAGUCAAACCCGCAGUGCGUUUUGUAUGUUGAUCCGUCUGGACUAAACAGUCCUGUAGAAAUGGAGACGGACGGUCCCUUUAUAGAAGAUGUUGAGAUGUUAAAAAAGACAGUGCAGUCCAGAGCCGUUCAGAUGUCGAGGGAGCAGAGGAAGGAGCGGCCGCUCGUCCGGCGUAAAUCUGAACUGCCUCAGGACUCGUACACCGCGAAAGCCUUGGAGACGCACCGGCGCGCCGAAGACUCUCUCAACAACCACUCCGGCCACUAACUCACGCCACGCUCUCAUUCUCAGGUUUUCCUUUGGGAGGCUCAACAUUUCCGGUGUUUCUUGACUCUCUCUUCCUGUCGUUCGCACCUCACUCUCGGUCCGGACGGGUGCGACGGCAGCACGAGACGGAAGCUUUCUUUGCUUUUCAGAUUUCUGUUUAUUUUCAGGGACGGUUGCCAGUGCCAAUACUGUCAUGUUUAUUAGCUUCCUGUAAACAUUGCAUAGUUUUAUUUGUAUGAUUUCUGCUGAGCUAAUGUGGUGUUUCAGACUAAAGCACGUCAUGCGUUAUCUCUGUGUGAUCGCUCAGAUCUGAUGACUUUGAGUUCGUACACUUAACUGAGUUAGUACACUUGUGUGCCAUAAUGAACUCUUGACCGUUUAGUUGAACAUUGUGUCUUGAUUUAAUCUGGAGAAUCUUCCGCUCGUUUUGCCGUUUCACUGGUUCAAACACAAACACCGGUCACAUUUCUCCAGCAGAUCAGCGACACGGCCUGGAGCGCGAAACCAUGUGCCGUGUGUGACGUCAUCAACCGUCUGAAUGUUACGAUCAUUCCCAGCUCACAGAUUCAUCCGACACCGGAGCUCUGGGAUCCGUUCGCUGCCGCCGUGCCGUUCGGACUGUGACUCUCAUCCGUCAGGCUUUUCCAGAAGGAUCUCUGUGCCUUUCAGCAGCUGCGACGAGUGAUUCUGUGAUGAGAGUCGGUUCACUGGAGCCUUCGGUCCGUUCGGAUGAAUCCAGAUUCAAACGCAGCAGUGUGACCGACAUCGACGCUUCGAUUGUUCAUUUCCAUCUGGAUGUUUUCAUGUUAUUUUAUUGAACUACCUAGAAGCACUUCCUGAAAACUUGAAAACUAUGUUGUGUGAGUGUGUGUGUGUGAAUGAGUGUGUGAGUGAGUGUGUGAGUGAGUGAGUGAGUGAGUGAGUGUGUGUGUGUGUGUGUGAAUCAGUAGCAUGCUUAUUAUAGUCAUUUCUGUACCGUUGUUUGAACUUCUGUAUGUUUUACUCACUGCAUUUUCUUUCCACAUAUAAUAAUUCAUGCAGUAUGUGAGUAUAUAAAUGUUGAUGUAUAAAAUAA